CAUCUCACGUUGAUGUUCGUUUCAUGCAGCUGGAGAAAUUGGAGUAAUCAACAUCAAGGAAAGAGAAGGUUUCCCUCAUGUCCAGUGAUACAGCGACGUAUUUAACAACAGCUUUAGGAAGCAAGGGGAAACAUAUAUCAGAGAUAAAGAAGACUAUUUUGCGUCCACUGAUUCAAUUGGCCGUGAAAGCCAUUGAGCAAGAACACAUUGAGGAUGGGAUUCUCGACAGAUUAUCUGAAAAGUACAACUUACCGCAGGAAAAAGUCGAUGAGUGGUACUCGGCAGUUCUCACUAUUUUCAGGGCUCAUCUGCGAUCUUCGAAUAAUCCCAUGAAGACUUCUGAUUUUAAACAAUGCCUGCAGGAGCUGAAAUUUGAAAGUAAUUGUAUUGAAGAUUUGUGCGCUGUUUUGUAUGGGCACAAGCGACCGGCUCUCAUCCAUAAUUUAACGGAGAAAAUUAAAUUCUUUCCAACGUUGAAAUCUUGUCGAUGGAGAAUUGAUAUUACGAUAUCUUCCAGUUAUCUCUCACGUAUUUUGGAACCAACGAUUUUGAUGGAAUGGACAUUAAGUACAGGACAACGGUGCAUGUUUGAAAUGAGUAUGACUAAAUUUCAUUUACUGAGGCAUACAAUAGCGAGUUUACUCUUAAAAAUACAAGAGCUUGAGAAUUCCAGUGUAUCAAAAGCUAUCGUUCCCAGUUGAUGAUUUUCAUCCACAUUGUACAAAAAAAUUAUUAUUGAAGUGGAAAUACAGAUAUUGUUUCCUAACAGAUGGA